AUAGAGUCACGCAAAGACAAUGCCCAACACUAACUCCGACAUCUGGCUCUCCGGCGCCUUCGCCGUCGUCAUCACCGAUCUCAUGGUCUACCCCUUCGACACCCUGAAGACGCGCCUGCAAUCCCCGAACUAUGCCACCGUCUACAAGGACGCGACGACCGGCCAGAUCAAGCGCGGCGUGCUGUUCAAGGACCUGUACCAGGGCGUGGGCAGCGUCGUCCUCGCCACGAUCCCAGCCUCAGGAGCAUUCUUCACCACCUACGAAGCAAGCAAACAAGCCCUCACGCGCCUCCUCUCCACCAGCACCACCAGCACCACCAACCAUCCACAAAAGCCCACCCCGCUCCUCCCAACCCCCCUCCUCCACUCCAUGGCCUCCUGCACCGCCGAAGCAGUCUCCUGCUUCAUCCUCACGCCCGCCGAGGUGCUCAAGCAGAAUGCCCAGAUCGUCCACAGCAGUGCCCCAACCAACAGUACCACAAACCCCAGCCACCCAAAAAACAUCACCCUGACCAUCCUCCACCGCUUCCGGCACCGGCCCUGGAAACUCUGGAGCGGGUACACGGCGCUCCUCGGCCGCAACCUGCCGUUCACGGGGAUCCAGUUCCCGAUCUUCGAGUUUGUCAAGGGGAAGGUGGUGGGGUAUCGGGAUACCAACACCAAGGCCAAGACCGCCGCCGGCCGUGGUGGGGAUGCGGGGGGAUCAGGGACGACAUCCCCCGAUCGAAACCAGAACUCGAUCGCCGAACGGGUGUAUGUGACGGGCAUCGCCGGGAGUGUGGCGGGGACGAUUUCCUCGGUGGUGACGACGCCUAUCGAUGUGGUCAAGACGCGGAUGAUGUUGGCGGCGACGGAGACGGCGGAGGAGGAGUCCGUCAAAAGGAAGAGGAGCGGGGCGUGGGCGGUGGGGAAGGAGGUUUAUGGGAAGGAAGGGGUGCAAGGGUUGUUUCGGGGCGGGGCGUUGCGCGCGUUCUGGACGGCGAUCUCGUUUGGGAUCUAUUUGAGUAUGUAUGAGGGGGGCAAGGUGUAUUUAGGGAAUCGGCGGAUGGAGAGGGAGCAGAAGAUAAGAAGAGAUGAGGAAGGGGCGCUGUUGUAG